GGAUGCUGUCCUUUCCCCCGUGUGACCGCCUGCUCACGGACCUGCUCCCGCUUCAUCGGGCUGAGCCUCGGGACUGCAUCCCUGUUUGCUGCUGGGGCCAACAUCGUACUCCUCUUUCCUAGCUGGGAUGUGACCUACCUGACGAGGGGUCUCAUUGGCAAGCAUGCCAUGCUGGGCUCGGGACUCUGGGGAGGGGGUUUCAUGGUUCUCGUGGCAGCGACUCUCAUCUCCGUGACGGGCUACUUCAGCAAGAGCGCCCCCUGUCUGCGUAUGCUCAUCGCCCUGUUGUCAAGUGGCCUGGCUCUUCUUGGGGCUUUGGUUUGCUUUGUCACUUCUGGAGCAGCCUUGAAAGACGGUCCCUUUUGCAUGUUUGAUGUCUCAUCCUUCAAUCAGACACAAGCUUGGAAAUUUGGUUAUCCCUUCAAAGACCUGCCCAACAGGAACUAUUUGUAUGACCGCUCACUCUGGACCUCCGUCUGCCUGGAGCCCUCUAAGGCUGUGGUUUGGCAUGUGGCCUUCUUUUCCACCCUCCUGUGUGUCAGCCUCCUCCAGCUUCUCCUGGUGGCCAUCCAUCUCAUCAAUAGCAUCCUUGGCCUGUUCUGCAGCUUCUGUGAGAAGUCCUAGCAGGGAAGAAGGAACCUUUGACCUAUGAAACACCCUCGAGCAUCCUUUAUCAGAAGGAGGGAGAAUCCUUUGUUUACAUGCAAGAUGAGACUCCAGAGAGGAGAUGUGGGCUCAGGGUAAGCUGACCUUUCCUAAGCCAUUUCAAAAGAGGGACCACUGAAGGUGACUCACUGGAUAAAGAUGCCUGCUGCUAAGCCUGAAGACCUGAGCUUUAAUCCCCAGAACCAUGUGGUGGAAGAACAGACUCCUGUAAAUUGUCCUCUGACCUCUACACACACACACACACACACACACACACACACACACACACACACACACACUGUGGCACAUGCAC